GUCGCGCUGUGCCGGACGCAGCUGCCGGGGCGCGUCACGGUCUCGUACACGAAACGGGGCCGUUUUUCUCCACCGCCCCUGCCUAGCCGCUGUUCCUUUCCCGGGCGGCCGGGAAGGACUGGUGCGCCCGGGAGAUGCCCAUGCCCGCCGCGGCUGCCCCGCGCGGCGCACUCGCCGUCCCCGGCGCUGCCGCGGUUCUCGGCGCCUCCGCGCCCCGGCAGCGGCAGGGCGGGCGCGGGUAGUGCCGCCGCUGCCGCCUCAGGCCCCCCGUAGGGCGAGCCAUGGAGCCCGGCGCCCUGCCUGACCUCCGCGACGUCGAGCAGAAGCUGGGGCGCAAAGUGCCCGAGAGCCUGGCGCGGCCCCUGCGCGGGGAGGAGCUCCCGGGCCGUCCCGCCGCCGCGGCCCCCGGGCCCCGCCGCCGCCGCGCUGCCGCCCUGGCCCGGCUGGAGACGAAACUUCAGCUCCUGAGGCAGGAGAUGGUUAAUCUCCGAGCCACUGAUGUGAAGCUUAUGCGCCAGCUCCUACUCAUCAAUGAAAGUAUUGAAUCAAUCAAGUGGAUGAUUGAAGAGAAAGCCAUUGCCAGCAGAGGCAGCAGUUUGAGUGGAAGCCUGUGCAGCUUGCUAGAAAGUCAGGAGACAUCCCUCCAUGGCAGCUGUAACAGUUUACAAGACUGUAGUGAUGGACUGGAUGGAAUAUCAGUGGGGAGUUACUUGGACACCUUAGUGGAUGAUGUCCCUGGUCACCAAACUCCUUCAGAUAUGGACAAGUUCAGUGAUUCUUCUAUCACAGAGGACUCACAGUCUCUGCAUAAACAUCCCAAAAUUGAUUCUGAUGAUUACUACUGUUUUGGUUAAUAAGAACAAGUUCCAGUGGGACACAAAUGCACUUGUACUUACUCUUUUUCUUUGCUGCUAUUUUAUUUCAUAUGCAAAACCCCCAAAGUCCUUAUGGAAGGAGAAUAUGAUAUUUCAAUUCUAUUGCAUAACUUUUCUAUUUCUUCUAAUGCAUUUUGUCCUUGAUAUGUUGGGCUUGUCUCAUCCUCACAUUUUCUUAAUUUAUUGUCACAAUUUUUUUUGCUUUAAUUUUUUACAAUGCUGUAUUUACAAGUCUGUAAAAGUGGUCAAGGAAAAGCUUUAUCUUUAAAAUGAAACAUCAGGGAAUGAGUAAAAAUUUUGUAUUUGUUGUUAAUAAAGCAUCUUCUGAUAAAUA